CAGAAUCGUCCAAUCAGUGGAUGAGUGAAAAAGGCUGAGGCGAUAUUAGAGUUCUGAUUGGACGAAACUAUGAACACCCCCGGCUGAGACAAUCUGACAUUCACACAAUCGGCAAAACCUUCCCAUGACUAUUGGAGGGACUACAGAAACCGCAUAAGCAAAAUGCAAUUGGGCAUAUAUGGACAAAAAAUUGUUUUAUUUCCCCGCGUCCGAUCAAUUUAGGUCUAGAUUACUUUGUCUGAAGUAAUAAAAAAAAGAGUCGUCCCGGUUCGCGUGUACAUCAUUUUAACCAAAGUGUUUCCAGGCAUAGUUACAUUGAACAUGGAUUUCGUUCUCGGCGGCGUGGCUGCAUGUGGUGCUUGCUUAUUUACAAACCCUUUAGAGGUCGUGAAAACUCGGAUGCAACUGCAAGGAGAACUAAAAAGCCGAGGGACCUACCAGAUUUAUUAUAGGAACGUGUUUCACGCCUUUUACACGAUAGGUAAAAUAGAUGGACUGGCCGGUCUACAGAAGGGAUUGGUACCCGGAUUGGUUUAUCAGAUGUGUAUGAAUGGGGUCCGGCUGGGGUCUUACGCCAUCAUCGAGUCCUUGGGCUACAUUCACACGGACGGAAGGGUCAGCGCGGCAAAGAGCACAGUGGCCGGGGCCGUUGCCGGUGUUGUUGGAGCAGUUAUGGGAAGCCCGAUUUACCUGGUAAAGACACACCUUCAGAGUCAGGCAACUUCCUCUAUUGCAGUUGGCCACCAGUAUAAACAUCGGGGAAUGGUGCAUGCGCUAAUGAACAUCCACAAACAGCACGGCAUUCUAGGAUUAUGGAGGGGGGCAAGUGCAGCAGUCCCAAGAGUCAGCGUGGGAUCAGCCGCUCAACUCUCCACCUUCUCUGCCUCUAAAGAAUUAGUCAUUGAUUUACAGCUUUUCCCAGAGGGCAGCUGGUUAAUAGCUCUCAGUGCUGGUAUGAUCAGUAGUGUAGUGGUUGUAUCGGCUAUGACACCUUUUGAUGUGAUUAGCACUCGCCUUUACAACCAGCCUGUGGACCAUCUCGGCAAGGGCAUACUGUACAGAAGUUUUUCGGACUGCUUCUCAAAGACGCUGAAGAAGGAAGGUAUGACUGGUCUUUAUAAAGGUCUCGGAGCCUCUUACUUCCGGCUCGGUCCGCACACCAUCCUCUCUUUAGUUUUGUGGAACGAGUUGCGUACUUUGUAUCACAGCCACUAGUGUUUCACUAUCAACUUGAUGUUUUAAGAACCGAUUUUUUAAAGAUAAUGAAAUAUUAACAAAUAUGUGAUAUAGUAAUAAUUUAUAUUUAAUUACUAACAGCAAGGGACUGUUUAAAAGAUCUCUUAUCACAAACAUAUGCAACUUGGAAUACGACUUGAUUAAGAACACACAUUUAAAGGGAUAGUUCACCCACAAAUGGGAAUUCUGUUAUAAUUUACUCACCCUCGUCCACUACCAUAGUUGAAAAAAAUAUUGUAUAUUUUUGUUCUGUUUUACACCUAUUAUGGUAGUCAAUGAUGUUCCAGAACUGACAAUUGCUUACAUUCUUCAAAAUAUCUCUCUUUGGUUAUCAGAACAGAAGUCAUUUAUACAGGUAUGAAAUAACAUUAGGGUGAGUAAAUGAUGACAGAAUUUCUAUUUUUGGGUGAACUAUCCCUUUAAAAAACUCACAAAGGAAAAGUACUGGUGCUUAUCCAUACUGUAACAAAGUCCUUUAAGGAAAAUCACUGUGCUCAGAGGCCAUAUUUGCAGUGCCUCAGGCAGCUAUUUCAACCAUAUAACACCAAGUCUUGUCUACUAUUAAUAACAAAAACAUUAUUAGAAAGGACUGAAUGCAGAAGGUUGAGUUAUUUCUAUGCUCUUAUACCUUACACUCCAGCUGUUUACAAAGGGUUUUAUUAAGGAAAAGAAAUCUGCACUUAAAUCAACAUUACUGUAAAUUGUGUUCUUCAGAAGAAGAUUGUUUAUGCAAAUGUAUAACAUGCCAUUGUUAAAUUGUGGAUUGUAGUGGUUGACCGAUUUAUUGGCUAUGAAGUGGGUUUUCACCAUAUUACAGGUGCAUUUCAAAUUGUCAAAAUCUUUUAGAACUGUUAUCAACUGUUACCUGAAAAAAUAAUCAGUAGAGAUAAAUGAAAAUGAAUGCAUAAUUAAUGAAUAUUAACUUAUAUUUGACUUAUACUUUUAACCUUUUCCCAAAGAUUAAAUGUGAGCUUCUGCAUCUGCAUGCCAUGGUGAAUGGUAUAGUAUGAAUCACAUGUACUGUACUGAAUGUUGUUCUUAGAGAAUAUAAACAUUUGUUGUUUUAGUAUUUCCUCGGAGGGCUGUAGGAUUACUGCUGCUGUGUUUUCAUCAUGUUUAGAAGGACAAACACUUACAGUACAUUAAACAGAAGUUAAAAUGAAACAUCAUUACCAAACAUAAAAUCAAAAGUCGUCUGUUUUGUUCUGCUGGUGCCUUUAUGUAAGGAUUUCUGUUGCAGUUGCUGGAAAAUUCAUAAUGAAUUAAUAACAGCACUGUAGAAUCAAACCAUACCAUUUUAGUUAUAAGACUGCCAAUUUGAAUAAAAGAAAUCCAAUAAUAUUUGCUGAAAAAAACAGGACAUACGAUCACCAUUUGCCUUACAUUAAAGGUAUUUGU